GUACCUUUAAGGAUUAAAUCAUAUUAUGUAUACCAUGUUGAUAAACGCACUGUCGCCAUAAUCUUAUACCAGGUGUUGACGUAUUUCAAGUUGACGAAUUCAGUAAACUACAUCGCAAUCGUUAUUGUCUUCGGAGCUCUGUUGAAGGGGAAUAUCAAUCGUGCAAUGCCUUAUGCACUGAUCCUAACGGCAAUCGGAUGUGUGUUUGACAUUUGUUCUGUUCUUUUCCGCACUACUGAUGACGAUGGUUCGAGUUGGGCUCAUGUCAAAUUCUUCCAUUUUAUUAUGCGAAUUUUUAUCAUCUUGUACGUGCUCCUCUACACAUUGAUGCUAUAUUGUUAUUGGCUGCAUUCCAUGGCUGUGGCUCAAAAAAAACAAAUAAGACUUCAAUUGGGCUUAUAUGACGAGAGUAAAAAGUAGAAUCGCGCUGUUCAGAAGAAAAUUAUAUCUACUAUAGAUUAAAUAAAAUUUUAUUUGUUUAUUCGUGUAGCAUGUAAUAAUGAUUGACAGUUACAUAAUAUAAAAAAUCAAUAAAGGUGGGCAAGUGAGUACCGCUGUGUUGUACAAUAGCCAAUAAGUCAUAGGUGUAGUGUGUCCACUGUCCACUAGAAUGUGAAAUGAAAUCACAACAUAAUAACUUGAAUCUUUAUUCUUCGUUAAGAUAUCUAAUUUAGUUCAAAUAGUUGAGCACAAAAUAAUGGUAUUAUAGAUUUAUACUUGAAUGUGCUUGAAUUUUCUUGCUAACUUCACGCACCUCUAAAAUGACUAUACAAAAACGGUGAUUAUAUAUUUUAGAUUCUGAGCGGAGCGAGUAAGCUAGUGAUUUUACAAUAGUGUUUAUUUUUUUUUUUUAUCCUGUAUACAAAAUUUCUACCAGAAAGAGUGCUUCGAUUUCAACAUAUACUUAUCCACCUUAUCUUUUAGCAAAUUCGAUCAAGAUGGUACUUUAAAGAGGUCAUUUUUUGAUUUUCUCAAUAGUUAUUUAAUGUUACGGGAAAAACUACUGACAAAUUACGAAAAACCACUUAAAAUGAGAUUUUAAUUUAUAACCCUUUGUUUAUUACCGUAGCAACAAAUAAAAAAUUAAAAUAUUAUAAUAUUAAUUUAAUUUACAUGAUAUAAUAAAUAAUAAAAAUUUAAACCGUCUCCGCUCAGAAUCGUUUUUCUUAUACAAUGAAAUCAUUGAAUUCAAGUUUAAUAUAAUCCAUUGUCUAUCACCGUAGCAACGAAUAAAAAAUUAUAAUAUUAUAAUACUAAUUUAACUUACAAGGCUAUAAUAUAAAUAAUGAAAAUUUAAAAAAUCCAGACUGAUAAACCGUCUCCGCUCAGAAUCGUUUUUUUUAUACAAUGGUAUUAUAUCAUUGAAUUCAAGUUUAAUACAAUCCAUUAUAAAUUGACUCACUUGUAACCUACUGUACAACAGAGCGACAUCCACUUACCCGCUUUUUUUUUAGUUUUUAUAAUUACAGUAUGAACUAUUGAACUACUUAUGAGAAACCUUGUACUGAAAUUGUCAAUGCUUAAACCGGGUUCAAAGCUACAUCGUGUGUCGUGUCGUGUCGAUCAAAAAAAAUUUUAGAAUCAUGUAAUAACCCAGUUUGUAGCCCAGCACACAAAGAAUUGAUUACAGCUCAAUUUUAUUUUUAAACCAAUAUAGUUACUAGUUGUAUUGUUAUAACCAUAGUUACCUCACCAAUGCACGAGACGAAUACACAAUACACGACGUAGCUGUAAAUGCGCCUAUAAAAAUUGAAUAUUUUAUAAAUUUUUAAUUUUUGAACUAUAAAAUUAUUUAUAAAUGUUAUCAACUUUAAAUCUACU